ACGCUUCUGAUUGGCUCGUCGCAUUGACACGUGAGGCGGCGGCAUCUUUCAUAUGGCUGCAGUCAACAUCUGGAAGGGUUUACUCGCGCUCUUACUCAGUCUGAAGAGUUUACCAGAGUAUAACUGCAAUUUUACCAUGUCUUUCAUAAAAGUUGACGAGAACUCGCACUUUUCUUAUCAUAACCUGCCUUACGGAGUUUUUUCCACAUCGGAUAAUCCCAGGCACAGAAUCGGCGUUGCGAUUGGAGACCAAAUUCUGGACCUCAGUGUCAUAAAGCAUCUUUUCAAUGGACCAGCUCUUGAGACCCACCAAGAUGUUUUUGAACAGCCAACGCUUAAUGCUUUCAUGGCUCUGGGUUAUGACGCUUGGAGAGAAGCGAGAAAGUAUCUCCAGAUGCUUCUAGCUGCAAAUGAGUCCACACUGCGUGAUGACGUCAGUUUAAGGAGCAGGGCAUUUGUUCAUCAAAGUUCAGCUGUGAUGCAUCUCCCAGCUGAGAUCGGGGACUACACAGACUUUUACUCAUCAAGAGAUCAUGCCACCAACGUUGGAAUAAUGUUCCGUGGAAAAGAGAAUGCCUUGAUGCCCAACUGGUUAAGGCUUCCGGUGGGGUAUCAUGGGAGAGCUUCCUCUGUGGUUGUGUCUGGAACACCAAUCAGAAGACCUCAAGGACAAAUGAGACCAGACCCAGCUCAGCCGCCUGUUUUUGGGGCAAGCAAACAGUUGGACAUAGAACUGGAGAUGGCGUUCUUUGUUGGAAAAGGCAACAAGUUGGGUGAGCCCAUCCCAGUGGAGAAGACCCAUGAGCACAUUUUCGGCAUGGUUUUAAUGAACGACUGGAGUGCUCGGGAUAUCCAGGCUUGGGAAUAUGUUCCAUUAGGUCCAUUUCUGGGCAAGAAUUUCGGCACCACCAUCUCACCCUGGGUCGUUCCAAUGGAAGCACUGAUGCCUUUUGUUGAGCCCAAUCCAGUCCAGGAUCCUGUGCCUCUACCAUACUUAAGUCACGAUGACCCCUAUACGUUCAAUAUCAACCUAUUUGUGGCGGUGAAAGGUGAGGGAAUGCCACAUGCAGCCACCAUUUGUAAGUCAAAUUUUAAGUACAUGUACUGGACCAUGAAACAGCAGCUGGCACAUCACACAGUCAAUGGUUGUAACGUCAGACCAGGUGACCUGCUGGCAUCAGGCACCAUCAGUGGACCGGAUCCAGAAAGUUUUGGUUCAUUACUGGAGCUCUCGUGGAGAGGAUCUAAGACUAUUGACCUCGGCAAUGGAGAAACAAGGACCUUCUUGAAGGAUGGGGAUGAGGUCACACUCACAGGUUAUUGUGAGGGCAGGGGUUACAGGGUGGGCUUUGGUCAAUGUGAAGGGAAGAUCAUUCCUGCCCUGCAACAGUGACAUAACUGUCACCAGAGAAAAGACAUGUCAUCUACAGCUACGAACAAAUACAACAUUGUUCCUACACAAACAUUUACCACCUGUUAAUACACACAAAAUCCUAAAUUUAUAAUUGAAACGUUGAUGCACAAAAUGUGAUUGCAAAAUUUGGUUUCCAAGCAUGCAGAUACAUUUUUCCAAACAUAUAAUGAAAACUACAAGAAAAAUUGUAAGAAAAUGUUCAUAUAACCAAUAUAUCUUGAAAACGAUCUUUUUAAAAAUAAUUCGUUGACGCACAGCCCUAAUAGGCCUCCGUAUGCUUGGAAACAGUAAUUAUUUCUACUUUUGGAUAGGGAUGCACCGAGAUAUUGGCCUAUAAUGGGUAUCGGCAGAGCAAAACAUUUCUCCCCACUAAGGGACAUUGGCCGAUUGAUUAGAAACAGACAAUGAUCAGUGCAGGCUAUAUCUUGUCAAUCAAAAACACAUCAGAAUUCAUGCUGUGUGAUUAUUUUGAAUUGGGUGACAAUGGCAACAGAGUUGCAGUUUGUACCGUCUGACCUUCCAGGAUUUCAGUAAAUCAUAAUUUGAAAUAAAUAAAAAGCAAAACUAUCGGUAUCAGCAGAUGUCAUUAUAAGCAAUCGAAUAUCGGUAUGGCCACAGAAAUUUUGUAUCGGUGCAUCCCUACUUUAGGGGAAUUUACAUACUUUACAGUUUAUUACUGUAUCUUGAUACUGAAUUUUUACAAUAAAGUUACCAUUUACCUGUGUAA